AGCCACUUUCGGUUUGAUGACGUGUAAUUCUUAUUUCUCAUCUCAUGAUAUAAUACGACCUCACCUUCCUGUUUUGUCACGUGAUAUUAGACAAGGCCAUAAGAUAUACCAGUUAUUUAGUACGUUACUUAAACACCGAGACUUUGAACUUUUGAGGUUUCAUAUAUUUCUACAUGAAGUAAAUCUCAAAAAAAGAAGAAAUCCAGAGUGAUUCAUAAUUUUGGCGCUUUAUGUAAUUGAUAUCGAUUGAUUAGUAUAUCUUAUAUCUACAGAGGUGCUCCAGUAUACUGACCCGGAGUCAUAUCCAUAACUUCACUUAUGACUUUAGGUAGCUUUCAUACUUUUUUUUCCCACAUCUUUCUAAACCUUAAUUAAAAGAAGUUUCUAUUUUCUGCUGAUAUUAGGUCAAUCAAAAGUGGGUAAAGAUCAUAGUGACUACAAAAUCAUAAGUAUUUCGAGUCUUAUUUUAAUGGGACUAUCUGCCUAUCAUAAAAAGCUCUUCGUAGAAUAUAUUUGAAUGAAAAACCCUAUCACUAUCCAUAUUCCCAAGGUUUGUUUGUCUCGGAUUAAAAAUGCAGACUAAAGUAUUCAAUCAUAACAACGUUCUUAAAUCAUCGCUUGUUUAGAAAACUACUUGAAAUACCUUUGAAUUCAUUAUCUGAAAUUAGAAUAUUUCAUUCCAGUUUUUCAGAUCCGUUAAAAAUAUCAAUAGUGUGAUAAGAUUACUAUACUCUAACAAAGCAUGUCCGACUACAUUAAUUCAUAAAUCAGAUCGUAGAAGACCAGUUUAUCUUAAAAUCAUUUAUCACUGUUUAAGUUCUAGAAUAAAGGUUAUUGAAAUGAGUAUUUAUAUACCAUUAUUUGAAUAAUUUAGUAUAGCCAUAUCAAAAAUACACUGUAAUGAAUAAUGUAAAACAAAAAUAAAUAAAUUGGAAAGUGUCGAAUAAUCGCUUUUUAUCACUAGAGUAUGUUUCAUUACAACAAAGAGAUUUAAACCACAAGAGAGAAAUUUUAGUCUUAUAUGCAAUUGAUUUGUAGAUAUACAGUCGUUCGCUAAUAUUAAUAUUCAUCUUCAAAAUUUUAUCAUCAGUUUAGUCCCUAUGGCAUUUAAUCCAUUGGAUGAUAUAAUUUGUGCAUGAACUCCUGAAGGACAGUGAAGUGCAAAAAUAAAUAAAAUACUGUGAUGAGUCCCAUUUUGGUUCUACUGUAGUUACCUUGGUAAUAAACUAUGAGGAUAGCUGAAAAAUAGGUAAGUUAGAAGUUAGUUUCUGGUUAGCUCAAGUAUUACCGUAGAUUUUGAAUAGCCGUACCGUGUGAAGUUAUUUUGAUGGUUUUCAAAACCUACCAAGAGGAUAAUCAAAGUCAGUUAUGGAAGAGUCUUGGAUUUGGGCGCGAAAUCCAUUCAUACAUAUUGUUAAGUAGCAUUUUGGGACUACAGCUGAUAUCAGUUCACGGUGAAAACCCUUACUUUAAUUCAUAACCUUAAAUUCUAACUCUAAAUCCUAAUCCUAUUUCUUCAUAUUAAUUUUUAGUCCUCUUUUGACUCUGUUAAUUAGGUAAGUUGUCUCAAUAUCACCUUAGCGUUGCUCAAAGGUUAUCCAUAAAUUAAAGUCCCAUUGUCUGUUACUCCUUCGUUGUAUUUACUGUAUCAGUGAAUAAUAACUUUAGGAGACAUAUAUGCUAACAAAAGAACAUUGUAUUACUAAGCUAAUCUUGCGACCAAAACAAUAACAAAAAUGACAGCUUGAAAUAUCUUUAUCAUAUUACAAUGCUUUUUGAGAAAAUUAAUCACCAAACUCCAUAUUUAGCAUCAUCUAUUCAAAUCUAGUUUUAUUGAUUACAGUCACCCAAUCACAUUUAAGAUUUGGUGACCUUGUUAAAGUUUGCUAUAUUAUUUGACUCUAUACUGAUUUUCUAUUGGUUACCUGAGGCAGUAAGGUCAUACUACUGGUCUCGCCCAGCGAUUGAUAAAUCUUGAGCCUUAAGACAAUUACAAAUAAUUUUCAGGCUAUCUGAAAUGUCUAUUUAGCAGGUACACUAGCUUCAUGAGAGUUGGAGAACAUCUCAAUCUGAAAUGGUAGAGCCAUCAACAGUAUACAUUACAGCUAACAAUUUACCUCCAGAAAUUUUAUUGCGUGUCUUCAAUUAUCUCGAUACUGGUGAUUUAAUUAAUUGUAUUUAUGUAUGUUCUACUUGGAGACAAACAGCGCUUGACAAUUGUUUGUGGCAAAGAAAGUUGGUGACAAUUUUAAAAACUAAAUGGUCUACUCUUAUAUGUGAUUCUAAGCCCAAAUAUGCUCCGGACCUACAAAAGCUACAAACAAUUCAUCCUUACAAAAUAUAUCAUUUCCUUAAGAAAUAUGUUCCUCAACACUUACUUGAUGACCAGAAAGAAGCAUCAAAAGUUCAACUUUUGAUUAAUAGGAUUAAUCAACUUAGUCUUGCUUCGGCUCCACCUGAAGGUCAAUCAACAAGUCCUUUAUCAUUCUGUGAAUUAUUUUGGAGAUGGUGGAGUAAUUUUAGACGUAGAUUGUCUAUCUACCAUGCUUCACGUUCGAAUGACAUAAGUCGUCAGCGUUGUCGAUUUGCAGUAUUUGGACCGGGUUUUGACCAGAGAGCUACAAGUUGCUUGUUUAGUAAAUUGGUUGAUGUAAAAACCAAAUCAUUUGAACCAUUAAAUAUGAUACCAGGUCGAAUGGGCUUUGGUGCUGGACUUACACUUCGGCUGCAUAAUCAAGCUCAAAUGGCAGCAUUAGAUUCUUCUGUAUAUUUUUCUGACAAAACAUUUAAACAUUCAAAAAAUGAUUACAAAAAAUCUAUUCCGAAAGAGACAUAUACACCCAAUUCACAAGCUAUUAAUUACUUAAACGAUUUCAUAUUUGAUUUACAUUAUCUUUAUUCUUUAAGUGGACAUUUAAGUCAUAAGUUCAGUAGUCAGCUGGAGCGAAUUCAUGCCAGUCGUCUUUUUACUUAUUCAAAUGAUGUAGAUAUCUCAACUAUUCAUUCAUCAUCCUUGAAUAGAUUAAUUGUAAGUAAUGAAAUGAAAUGUUUACUACACGGUAUUUGUGGAAUAAUUUACGCUCUUGAUGCUAGAGAAACAACUGAACAAGCUAUUUACUUAUAUACCGAACUAAAAACUGUAUUAAAAGGUUUUCCUAAUGAAAUAGCACAUAAAGUACCGAUUGUCAUCCUAUAUAUUAUGCCAAUUGAAGAUAUUUUACAAAAUAAUGAUACAGAAAAUUACAUUCAUUCAAAUUAUUUGAAAGAUUCUACUGGAACAAAUGAAAUCUAUUUAAAUCGUGAUAGUUAUAGCGGUGCAAAUUACACAUUUUCAUGGUGUGGUUCAUUAUUACAACCUUUGACAUGUUUACAUUUGUUUGAAUUUCAAAAUCCAUGGCGUUUACAAAAAUGUGCCAGUAAUGAUAUUAAAGCGGUUAUUCAAAGUUUAAUGUGGUUAAAAUCUAAACAUCCAACUAUUCAUGAUACAAUAAUUUCAACUAAUAUGAAACGUGCAACUUCCACAACAUAAUGAUUUUUCAUAAUUAACAAUAAUAAGUUAUUAUUAUGAUAAAGAUGUGCUUGUUUUCCUUCAACAAUAAGAAAAAAAACAACAACAAAUCAGUAAAAAAAAGUUAAUGUUUGUUUUCACCAAUAGUCUUUCAUUUCCAUUUAUUUUUAUUGAUGACUAUUUUGUUUGACAAAAAAGUUAAGGAGAGAGAGAGAGAAAGAGAGUAGAUGUAACUAAAUGCUUUCUAUUAUUCAUAUCAUUGUUUGUUGAGAUGUCUUUGUUCUUUUAAAAAAAGGAAAGAUAAUGUUACAGAAUGAAUGUUUACUUAUUUGUUUAACCAUUUUCUUUUUUUAGAUAAUCUGUAGGAAUAGAAUUCACUACUAUGUACAUAGGGAUAAUUUGGAAAAUCAGAUUUUCUCUCUUAGUUAAAUAGAUAGAUAAACAAUUGAUCGAAAUGGUAUAUUGAGAGCAGUUUUAUACAGAUAAUAUGAUAUAAAGUAUAAUCUGAAGUCUACAUUAUCCUAGUGUAAUAUUUCUUUGUUUGCAAAUGUAGUUUAACGGACUCUGAUCAAUAGUCAAAAUGUUCCUUUGAAAAGAUGUUACAUCCUUGCAAAAUAAAUGAACUAUCUUUGCUUAGAUUAACAAUGAUAGUAAUAAUGAACUGAUGAAAUUUAUCGAUUAUCCGUUGCCAUUGGAUUUAACGAAACCAGAUAUGAAACAAUCGUAACUGAUGAUACUAAGUUAUGAUUACUCUACCAUAGCAAAGGAUUGAAAAUAAACAAAAUACGAUAUAUUGUAUUUUGACUCAAUCGUUUAGAUGUAUUAUGUUAGUAGUGGAUUAAGUAUCAUAUGGAAGUAGUAAAUGGUAAACGAUAAAGUGUCGCUAACUAUGAUGAAGCACUUUUCAAAUCAUCGCUGCUUCUGAUGGUUUCCUAACCGUCAUCAAUUUCUGUUUUAAAAAUGAAAAAGUACUCCCGAAAUGACCUAAUUAAAGUCACCAGUGAUUUAUAAAGUUACUUACUUACCCCUGUUACCCCUCAUGGAGGAGCAUAGGUCGUCCACCAGUACCUUUACUUGUGCACUAGAUGCUCCUUGUUCAUUGAUCAUGCUUCCUAGGUACGUGAAAGGUUCCACAUCUUCCAAAACUUCUAUAUCAAGUGUAGUUGAAUUGAUAUUCUCCGUGUUGCAUUUCAAUAUCUUGUUUUUUCCCUUGUGCAUGUUGAGGCAUACUGAUGCAGAGGCUUUUGACACACUGGUUGUAUUGACCUGCAUUUGUUCAUGUGCAUGAGAUAGAUGGGCCAGGUCAUCUGCGACGUUCAAAUCGUCCAGUUGCACGCAAGCUGCCUAUUAUAUUCCGGGCUUCCCGUCAGAUAUGGAGGUCUCCGUAAUCUAGUCAACUACCAGAAGAAAGAGGAAGACGGAGAGUAGACAGUCUUGUCUACCAGCGGUGCUCACUUGGAAUGCAUCUAUCAUCUGUCCUCCUCCAACGUAUGAAUUCUGUAUGAUUUUGAAGAUCUUCGGUAAACCAUAGUGUCGAAGAAGGUUACAUAUGGUUCUCCUGUUCACACUGUCAAACGCUUUCUCAUAGUCAGUGAAGUUUAGGCACAGUGACGAGUUCCAUUCACUUGACUGUUCAACGAUGAUCUGCAUCGUCGCAAUUUGGUCUAUGCGCAACCGAUCCAUACGGAAUCCAGCCUAUUGAACUCGGAGCUGGAUGUCUACUGAAUCUUUCAUCCGGUUCAGUAACAUUCUGUUGAAAACCGUCCCUGGUACCGAUAAAAGCGUGAUACCUGUGUAGUUCCUACAUUUGCUCCGAUCUCCUUUCUUUAAUAUCUUGAUCAGCUAUCCUUCUUUCCAGUCAGUCUGUCAGUGGAUCUUCUUCUUCAUCCCAAAUCUUCCUGAAUAGAACGUGGAGCACGUUUGCAGUUACUUGUAUAUUUGACUUCAUUGCUUCAGCUGGUAUAUUGUCAAGUCGUGCUGCUUUCCCACUCCUAAUUUGACUGAUAUCCAUCCUGAUUUCUUCGAUCGUUGGUGGAGUGAUGGCUGUAGGAAGGUCUGUAGGUGCUGCUUCUAUGGCCAGUGGGUUCAAUGAAACUGGCCUAUUCAAGAAUUCAUCAAAGUGUUCCACCCACCUGUUCCAAUGUUCUUAAAUCUCACUGAUUAACUUGCCUUAUUUGUCCUUCACUGGUCUCUCUGGUUCAUUAUAUUUCCCUUCCAGUUUAUUCGUUGUGUCAUAUAGUCGUUUCCUAUUUCCUUCACUUGCAGUCUUUUAUUCUAUCGUUGCUAGGUCUUCCAUGUACUUCUACUUGUAAGCUAUGAUGCUUCUCUUUACUAUCUUGUUUCCUUCAGUAUAUUCGGCUUGUAUCUUCACUUUUCUGUUCUUGUUCGACUGUUGUCAAUUGCUGCCUUAUCAUUCUUCCUUUUCUUGAAUCUUGUCUAGGGUUUCGAUAGAGAUCCAUUCCUUCCGAUGAUGCUCGUUGCGGCCCAGCACUUCGUUACACGUUGAAGUUAGUGCUUCUUUAGUCCCUUUCCAGUUGCCCUCCAUAGUGGUUUCUUCUUUGAGUGGAUCUUUUAAGGCCUGGAACGUGUUGUUGAGAGCUAUCCCGAAUUCGUUGAUUUGGUCAGUAUCUGGGAGGAAUGCUAUACUGAACCUUAGUAAUACUGUAUCUCCAGUUGUCCACUGCUUCUCUAAAUUCAUAUUCAUCUUGGCAACCACCAGAUGGUUAUCUGAAGCUAUGUUAGCUCCUCUCUCGAUCCUCACGUCUUCUACCGACCUUAUGAAUUUUUGAGUGACGUAAGUAUGAUUUAUCUGGUUCUCUGUAGUGUGAUCUGAUGAGACCCAUUUAGCUUUGUGUAUACGUUUGUGUGCAAAUAUAGUGCCACCUAUAACCAUUUUGUUGAGUGCACGUAAAAUCGCAAAUCUGUCGCCAUUCUCGUUCCUUUCCCCCAGUCCAUGUUGUUCGAUGAUAUCUUCAUACCCUGUGUUGUCCACUCCGACUUCGGCGCUUAGGUUUCGCAUCAGGGUGGUCAAGUCCUUUCCUGGGAAAUUCGCUACGAUGGACUACAACCUGCCACAGAACUGACCUUUAUCAUCGUCAUUGCUAUCAUUGGUGGGUGCAUAACACUGAAUAACAUUCAUGAUUAUUCCCUCCUUCUUUGUUUUGAAGGGCUCUUUGAUUAUACCCGAGUACAGCAGCAUCUCUCCCGAAUCUAUCCUUUUCUGUUCAGGUUGGGUCUAAUGAGUUUCACAGACUCCGAGCACCUUCAAGUAGUAUCUCUUCAUUUCUGUAGCUAUUUGAUUAGUCCUUCCUUCUUCCUACAUUGUUCGAACAUUCCACUUACCUGUAUUGAUUGUGGCUCCCAUUUUUAGUAGGGACAUCAGCCUUGUGACUUCCGAAGAAUCUCAGCUUCCACCAUGAGGCGUCAUAAUCCUUCUGAAUGAAGAUCCUUCAACUCUUAGAGCAGAGUUUAAAUGUUUUAAAUUGUUUAUUCCGGUGAGCGGUUUUUUAGAAAGGUUGUUUUCUAUGGGAUCGGGUUGCUGACUCUAUGAUAAACCCUCCUCCUUUACCCGGGCUUGAGACCGGCAGUAACCCUAGAAGACCUACAGGCGGAGUUAAUGAUUUAUACAGGCUUAAAUAAUAACUGAUGGUUCACUUAAAUAUAUGGCCAUGAAUGUAACAGUUAUUUUUAUUUUGACAGAUAAUUCCCAUUUAAGCAUUAAAAUCACGAAGUUCAGGGAAGGGAUUGUACAGCUUGAUAAUAAAUUCGUUAAAAAGAGAUCCCUUCACUAAAUUUAAUGUUUUUUUAAUUUUGAUAAAUUAAGACACUUUAUGUUUUCCAUAAAGUUUAAAAUUGUUUCCUUUUUUAUCAUAUAAUAUUACGACAUGUGACAUUCAACUCUAUAUACAGCUUUCAUUUUUAUAUUCAGUCUCUAUUUCUUUAUGAUGGAUAUUAUUCUCUCUUCAAUAUGAUUUAUUGUAGCUUAUCUUUGGCCUACAUUUGAUUUUAAGAAUUAAAAUAACAAAUAAUUUAUAUUGUAUGAUACUCAUAUACAAAGGAAGAACGACACUAUCGAAGUUCACAAAGAAUAAAUCAUGUCUUGAAGUUUUAAAACUUACAGUUUCGGGAAAGAUAAAGGUCGGGAGAAUCUGUACCAGUGUAAUCGACUCCAAACGACGUUAUCUAAAUUUUCCAACUGCAUUUCAUAAUUAUCUCGCAGACACCGAUUAGGAAGUCUGAACUUCUAAACAUAGGUCAACUGAGCAAUCAGUGAUUCUAUAGACUGAUAACAUAGUUUUGUUUCGAUCCUCCAUAAUCUUUUUCUAUUAAUUCGUUGUUUCUUUCAGAAAAAAAAACGAGAAAAUACAAUCGUAUAUGAUAGACACAAUAAUAGGUAUCGUUGUUAUUAUCCUAGUGAAGAUUACAUUUACGAGUAACGUCUGAGACCUAUUAAUGGACUAAUAUUAUUUGUAUAUUCUUAUGGUGUAAAUAUUCAGUAACUAGAUAAUGUUUAUCUAUAUUCCCCUUGCUAUAAGCUUUAUUUUGACCUAUAGAUUAUUAUUGUACGACUUACUGUUCCUAAGCUAUGUUCAGUUUAUUGACUACUGCCUCCCACGUUUACAGCCACUUUUUGGCUUUAUUGUGUAUGAAUGUUAUUUCCUAUUUUAUGCUGCGUUGCGGUCUGCUUGGUUGAUAUAUAAACCCAGUAUGUCUGAAAUUAAUGAUUCUCAUAGUGGAGGCUGUUAUUGACAUUCUGGACUCAGCUAGACGGGCUAGGCGAGCAACGGACCAAUAGGACGCUAGGCUGAUCAGACCCGUCGGACGUCAUAGGUUUAGUAGAGUAUAAGAGCGAAUAAGUCGUAUUUUGAUUGGCGAAUAGAUUACGUGAUAACUAGCGAGCCAUAAAGUCACAACAAUCGUCCGUUCACUGCAUGUAUUCUUCCUAACUAUAUUCGGACUUCAUAUUUUUGUCCACUUCAAUUCCUACUUUCGUAUAGUAAACCAGUUCGCUUCAUUAUCCCUACAAUCAUUUCAAGAUCAGUUACGAGUACCGAUGGUUUUAACAUAAGGUUCAGUACAUUAAAUUGCUUUAAUCCAAGCUUCUAAAUAUAUAUUCAGCCUCUUUGCUCUUAGAAGUGUUUCGUUCUUUAAACUAAACGGUUCAAUCAUGAGGUUUUACUGUCUCUUUGAACAUCAUCUGCACAAACUCCAUAUAAAAGUGAGCUACAAGAAUUUCUCCAUACAUGACGGACAGCUCGUUCUGUCGAAUAAAUUGAUUAGUUCUAAUAAGUCUUGACUUUGGAGCUUUAAAUGUUUCUAAAGACUUGCGUCAUUGGCGGAAAGCAGAGAAAGUGUUCUUUGCUAACUUCAACUUAAGUGAAGUGAAUACGAAUGUAACGUCGAAGAGUACCACCAGUCCGUUAUUGUCGAUUUGAAUGCUUUUAACCUUAUCCAAGGUUAAAUGGGAUUAUCGGAUGAUUUAAUUAAAAUGCUCCAGUGUUCUGGAAAUUUCUCUUGGUAGAUUGUAUUUUGGGGUUAACGGGGAGUGUGAUUUAUGUAGUUUUGACCUACUUAAGGCAUAUUUGGUCCAGUGGAUUUCAUUUGCUAUUAGUCUUCUUUUAUAUCUAACAUUCUUUGAAAAGCUUUUCUAAAGUCCUAGGGAUCUGGCUGUGCAACAUUUUGAUUGGAUUUGUGUCGGUUGGCUUGUAUACAUUCCCGUCUUCAAUUAUGUCCUCAGAUUUCUUGAUGUAUUCUGAUUCAUAGUUACUGUGCUGCAUUUUUUUAUCCAUCAAAACUAUGACAAUAACUUCCCUAUUCAAGUUUUUCUAGGCGCUUGUGAGUUCGGUUGAGUGUUGUCCUUCUUCCCCCGAGUUAAGGGUACUAAUACUUAUCUCAUUUCCAGUUAAGUCAUUUCAUUUACUCCUUUUGGCUCAUGGAUAGCUCUUCUGGUGUCCUUAUAUAUUCAAUGAUUCCUUCCUAUAAACUCAAAAAAAUUGAACUCUUUUCGAUGUUGUAUUAAUAAAUAAUGGCAUAUGUACCAUUUAGUCGAACGACAUAUUAGAAACUAUGAAUUAUAUAUACGAUUGUUUACUGUCAGUUUUGUCUCUUAAGACCUCAAUGGAUAAGGCGUUCAUAGUAUUUGAACGUAGUUUUAUUUGUAGCCCUUUAUACUAACUCAGUCUAUGAACUGUAACAAAAGUCAAUCUAAACAUUGACCUACCGAAAAUCUUAGCAAGUGUAUACUAUAACUGUGUCCUAAAAACAACAAUAUUUCCUAAGUUUACCGUUCCAAUGCUAUCGUCAGGUCAACCGCGGACUCAGUUUAACAAAACUUCCAAAAGAUACUGUUUCAAAAGUUAUAUUGCUUACAGCCUAAAUUAUUAGUAUACAUAUUUACAUAUUGGUUAUUUUAAUAGGUUAGCUUUUUCUAAACUUUAAAAACAAUCAAUACACAUAUUAACUUGGUCCGACGUUAUCGAUAAUUGAGUGAUUGAAAAUCAGAUAAAUGACCCAUUCGUGAAUUUUAUUUUUAAAUAGGCUUUUCAGUCGAAAUCGUUUUUAUAGCUAAUAGUGUUAUGGUUAUAUUUUCACAAAAUCCCCGUCGCCAAUUUGUUGUGACUUUUGCCCGGUUAAUUUACUCGCCAAUCAGAAUACGACUUAUACAAUCUUAACACUGUGCCACAACAAUGACUUUUGACCGUUAUAAGCAGCCUAGCGUCCUUAUCGAUCCUUUUCCUGUCUAACCUUACCUGUUAAGUCCAGAACACAAAUAUCGGCUUCAACUAUAUAGAUCAUACAUUUCAGACAUACUUGGCUUAUAUACAACCCAACCAGAACAUAUCACAUAGCAUAAAUGAAAAGCGACAAUUGUACAAGCUCGAGCUGUGAUUAUGAGAGACUGUAAUUACUAAAUUGGGUAUAAUUUAGGAAUAGUAAAUCAUAUAAUAAUAGUCUAUAGGUCGAAAUAAAGCUCAUAAUAAGAGGAAUAUAAAUACACAUUAUCUAAUUACUCAAUAGUUAUACAAUAAGAAUAUAUUUAUCAUAUUAGUCCAUCAAUAGCUCCCAGAGGUUACCCAUAAUUCAAUCUUCGCUAGGAUAUAACAAAUAGUAUACUGUGACAAUAAUUAUCAGCAACAAAGUCCAUAUCAGGUCAAGGCUGAUAUUUGAACAGUAGACUGGAUUGUUCUUAAUACAUGAAUAAAGUGAAAUCGUUAAUUUUGUAAGUCCAAAACUACAAAUGAGUUUGUGAGUUUCUGAAACAUAAAGUCAUGAACAUUACUUGUUGUGAAAUACGUAUUCUUUGGAAGCUCAUGCAGUGACUAUAUUAGCAUGAGAUCGAAAAUGCAUCUUUACUUAAUAAGGGCUGGUCGAUACAUAAGCUUAUUAGAUAUAAAAUGAAACAGAACAAUGAAUUAUCUAGUCACCAACAAGAAAGUUUAUACUAUGAUGGAAAAGAUUUGUAGCUCAGGUGGAUGAUUUUGAUGGAGUUUUGUUCUCGUUCAGAAUAACGAUGAAAGUUCCACAAUCAAACCACCCAACUCAGAGAACAAAACUCCAUCAAACUUUAAACUAUAGUUAGAUCAUAAAGUGGAUGAAAAAUUGUUAACAGUUUUACAACUAUCCAGAAUCUACUCGAAAAAAAAGGGAAUAUCGGGUUCGCUCUAGUAAAUUUGGACAGGGUAGGAAAUGUUGUAAAACCAAGUUAAAAAUGCCCCUUCAGUAUCAACACAAACUAGAUGGUCACAUAACAUAUCUCAAAUAUCUUCAGAUUUUGGCUCAUAGUUGUGAGAAUAUUUCAUUUGAUAUGUGGCUGCUAUUUUAGUAAUUAAAUAAUCCCUAGGCCUGAGAUGAAUUCACCAAAAAUUGAAGGUGAGUAGUAAGUUCAUAAAACGUUAAAUGUGAGUGAUCAAACGAAAUAAUCCAGGUGAGAAAGUUUCAUAAUCAGGAUAGAUGUGACAUUACAACACAUUGAUAACUAUUCCUGUACUUUAAGAACUAACGAUGAAAGAUAGUUAAAGCGUUUAUUAAUUGGAAUAGUAUGUAUCUAUUUCGUCUGUCCAACCUAAGUACAAAUUCCUCAACUAAGCGGUUUGUACAAGUUUAUCCAAUUUAAAUGACUUUUUUAAAUGAGUGACAUCAUUUUUUGUGAUGGUGUAACCUAGGUGAUUAUAACCUACGAAGUCAACCAAGUUGGCGAAUAGCAGGAGUUACAAGAGACAAUAAUGAAUGAUAGUUGAGCUGGAUACAGAGAUUAAUGGUGUUAAAAAUCUGAUAUACUGGAUGACGACUAAAUAGUUUAAUACUAUCAUAGUUUUUCACAAUAAAUAAAUAUCUAAGGUUCGAAUUCACUCGAUAUCUUGAAUAUACACUACUAGGUCAUCAUAAACUAGGACGAAAAAAAUUGCAUUAAACCUCUUGUUUUCCAAAAACUAUUAAAAAUCUCCGCUUAACUAAAAUAUUAAUUCAGACAUUUUUCUAAUCAUAAUCCUUUAUUUUAAAAUCUCUCUUUAGUCUCAAUAAUUGUACCGAUCACAUGUUUUGAAAGCAUACAGAUUUAUGUCACACAAGUUGUAAUUUUUGUUUUGUAUUUUAAUCAUAAAUACAGAAAAGAAACAACAUAGUAAUAAACAUUUGCGUUGCUUAUCUUAAUCUUAAGUAAAAGUGAAUGUUCAGCGCUCCAUAUAUGUUAAUUGAUAUUGGACAAUGAAAUGAACUUAUUCACUUUCCUUAAUGUAUUAUCGAAAUCAAAGUAGUACAAAUGCUAUAACUUUUUAAUUUUUUUCCGAAAUGACCGUCGCCAAUUGUUAUAACUUGUCGUUUGAAUGCUACUUGUUGUAUCUGGUCGUCGCUGAUUGUUAUGUCGGUAACGCUUACCACUUAUACUCGGAACGAGGGACCUCUGUAAUUCCUGCGACGCGAAAGUAGGAACACAAAGACUGGUAUAAGUGAAGAUUUAUUAACCCCAAAACACGACGACGACCAUAUAUAACAAGUAGCAUUCAAACGACAAGUUAUAGCAAUUGGCGACGGGGAUUGAAUUCGAGCCCACGUCGGGAAACCCCAAUGGAUUAGUCGUGUUUACGGAAGAACUGGGGGGUGCAAAAAGAUAAAAGCACUACUAAAUCUUAAACUGAGAGUCACUCCAGGUUUUAGACCAAAACGUUUGGUACCCUAUGUAGCGCUGCCUAUUGUUGAACAAGAGUUAGAGCGUCUGCAAAGAAGUGGAAUAAUAGAACCAGUAAACUUUUCCGACUGAGCAGCACCAAUAGUGAUUGUCAAAAAACCAAAUGGAAGUAUCCGGCUAUGGGAAGAUUAUUCAACUGGAUUAAACGAAUCACUUGAAGCCAAUCACUACUAUUUGCUGUUACCAGAAGACUUAUUUGCGAAACUGAAUGGGGGCAAGUAUUUUGCAAAACUGGACUUAUCAGAAGCUUAUCUACAGAUUCUAGUAGCGGUAGAGUGUAAGCAUUACUUGAUAAUAAACACUUAUAAAGGAUUGUUCCAAUAUAAGACUUCUAUUUGGAGUAAAGACCAUCCCCUCAAUCUUCCAACAAGUUAUGGACACUAUGCUACAAGAUACCCCUGGUACUGCGGCCUAUCUGGAUGACAUACUGAUCAUGGGUGCAGACUACGCUUUCCUAGAGAAUAAGGUGGAUACGGUUCUUAGACGCAUAGCAGAUUAUGGGUUCAGAUUAUGUGCUGAAAAAUUUGAUUUCUACAUGGAUCAAGCAAACGGAAGAAAACCUGAUCCUGAAAACGUCGAAGCCAUCAAGUCCAUGCCUCCACCGACGGAUGUAUCAACUUUACGUUCUUUCUUGGGAAUGGUUAGUCAUUAUGGCGUUUUUCUUCCUGAUCUGCAUCACCUUCGUACUCCUCUUAAUUGCUUACUGAAAAAAGAUACUAAAUGGUUCUGGCCAACCGAAUGCGAAGAAGCAUUCCUAAGAUUAAAAUGGCUCCUAUCAUCAAGCCUUCUACUUACACACUACGAUCCAGAUCUUCCAAUUAUAGUCGCAGCAGAUGCGUCAAACUACGGAAUCGGAGCAGUAAUUUCACAUACCUUCCCUGACGGGUCUGAGAAGGCAAUCGCCCACGCUGCACGGUCGCUGACUGUGACAGAAAAGAACUACAGUCAGAUAGAAAAAGAAGCCCUCUCCAUUUCAUUCGCUGUAAAAAAAGUUCCACAAGAUACAGUUUGGCAGAGAGUUCACCUUACUAACAGACCAUAAACCGCUACUGACAGUUUUUGGAUCCAAGAAAGGUAUCCCUGUAUAUACAGCAAACGGUCUACAGCGAUGGGCAACUACACUAUUGGGCUACGAUUUCAAUAUAGACAUUGAGGCUGGGGUUCACACAGUAUUAGCAGACGCAGUUUCCGGACUUCCGGUCACAUUCGAAGUCAUUAAAGAAGCCAGCAAGAAGGAUAAUGCGUUGAAAGUCGUUCGCCGCUACAUACUCAACAAGUGGCCUUUAUCUAGACUACAUGGAGAGCUGCUACGACAUUUCCGCCGACGAGAUUCUCUGACAGUUGUCGACUCGUGCAUCAUGUUUGGCCGCCGUAUCGUUAUCCCCAGAAAUCUUCGAAACCAAGUCCUUAAGCAGUUCCACAGCGGGCACCCGGGGAUAAGUAAAAUGAAAUUACUGGCUCGGAGCUAUACAUACUGGCCGUCAAUGGACCAUGAUAUAGAAUAAAAAUGUCGCAGUUGUUGGUCCUGUUUAGAGGUUGCAAAGAACCCAACGAAAGCUGAACCACAACCAUAGCCAAAACCGGAUGGGCCUUGGCAAAGAAUACACAGUGAUUUCGCCGGACCAAUACAAUGCAGAAAUUACUUGUUGUAGAUGCUUUCACAAAAUGGCCAGAAGUAUAUGACAUGCCGAAAACGAUACCAGAUAGUACAAUAAGAAGACUGGCAUGAUUGUCUGCUUGUUUUGGGGUUCCAGAGUUCUUAGUGACUGACAAGAACACUCAGUUCAUGUCAUCCGCUUUUAAACCCUUUGACAGUGAAAAUGGCUUAUCGCACCUACAAUCUCCACCGUACCAUCCUCAAUCGAAUGCUCAAGCAGAAAGAUUCGUGGGUACGAUAAAAAGAGCUAUGGUCAAAGGGGGAGGAGACGAUAUCCCAGAACAAGUGAUCAGUAAGUUCCUAUAGUCUUACAGAAUUACCCCUAAUCCGGCAGUACCAGAAGGAAAGUCACCAGCCGAGUGUAUGUUCGGAAGAAAACUCAGGACAGUCUUUAUCAGUAUGUUGCCGCCCAGAAAAACAAAUAAACUCAUGAGUAUUGUACGGUCACUCGUAGCUGCAUAACCUUCGAGAGUGAUGGACCGCAAGGGGAAUACGGCAACCAAGUUUCAGAUGGAUCCGAGGAAAAAGUCUUACAUAACAGACUUAAAGAGGGGAGGUGUGAGGACGGUCCACGGGUGAACUCGAGGAAGCCUUAAGAAGCUCAGAAAGAGCAGAUAUUUCAUCCAAUCAUCUUUUAGAAGAAUGUUCUAGAAUCUCUACGUGUAGCUUCCCGAUUAGACAAUGCUAAUAACCCCCUGUGUGAGGACUUGAUAGGUAUAAUGAUUUCGUUUUUACUAAAAAAACUAUGAAUACCUGACAGUUUGUACUCUAACUUGAUACUGCCUAGAAUAACAUUCUUUUCACUAGUCUUUUGUCUUCUCUUUGUGACUUGAAAUGGUUCUAGCGUCCAAGUGUUCAAGUUAUACGCGUCAUAUCAAGAAUCUAGAGAUAUAACAACAAAUAUCAGACGUAAUAUUAUAAUUGUAAUAUCUAUACCAAUGAUUACAUUAUGUAAAUAUACUUAUCAUCCAACAAAGUUUAAUAAUCAUAUAAUCAGUUUAAAUUCUGUUGGUCAUUAAUAAGAGAGAUGAAAUAUAAAAAGUGUUCCACGAGGAGUAACAGACGUAAAUAUGUAAGUCCUUGCGUAAACGUCCACUAAACACUGAACUUGCUAUUAACUAAUAGUGUGAUCUAAGUCACAUGUAAUUUAUCUCUCACUCUCAUUUAUACUCAUAUGUUUAGCCAAUUCAUCUGUAAUUUCAAUAGUUGAGAUCAUGAGUCAAUUGAAGCUAGACCACCAUGAAAAACUUGGAAGCAUUGGACGGCCGUCUCGUUCUAUUGUGGGACUCCUCAGUAGUGCGCAUCCACGACCCCGCCUCGCGGGAUUCGAACCGAUGACCUAUCAGUCUCACACGCGAGCGCUUAAUCACUAGACCACUGAGCCGACCGGCAUCCAACGAUGUUAAUGUCUAACUUCAACUAAUCCUCGAAAUUGGGCGAGACAUCCACCGUUGUUAUCAGUGAGUUACUAUCUCACAACUGACCCGGUAGAACUCCACUGAUCACUAAUAGGUCCUGUGUUCGAAUCCCGUGAGGCG